AUGUUAUCAACAUCAUUUGACACUCACACAGCAGCCGCCAAAGAAAUGACAUCGACAAAGCGCUCAUCAUUAAUAUCACCAUCAACGACGAAACCAACUACAAUAUUGUUCACAACUAAGACCUCCACAAACAUGAAAGAGACAACGUUGCCAAGCCAAAAUACUGUCUUAUCCAGUCCAACAUCAAAUAUCUUCUUGGAAUACAAAACAGUGCUUGUUGUUGUUGGACUUUGCAUUGUGGAGUUGACGUUAAUUAUUGUCGGAGUACUAGCAGUAGUAAAACACAAACGUCGAAGAACAUACAACACAGCUUUAAGACAAACGGAUAGGAACGAUGGUCGUUUGCAUACGAGACAAAAUAGUUACAAGUCAGCCAAUGUAUAUGACGAAAUAGAAUUACACGGAAAUGACGAACUAAUCGAUGAUAAGAACCCUUAUGAAGAACUUCCAGAAGGUGAAUACGACAAAAUAUUUCAACCACGCCCUCAUGUAAAUAAGGGCGAUUUACAGGAAUAG